GUCUUCCGACCGCCCGGUCCUCUCCACUGAACUCCAACCCCCGCGCUCUCUAUCAGCAUCUCAUUCCUGUCUCAAUAUGUCUCAAGAUGGCGGCCAAUGCAGGAUCGAUGUUUCAAUAUUGGAAGCGCUUUGACUUACAACAACUACAGAAAGAACUAGACGCUACCGCCACACAGCUUGCCAACAGACAGGACGAGAGCGAACAGUCCAGGAAGAAACUAAUCGACCUGAGCCGCGAGUUCAAGAAGAACACACCAGAGGAUUUACGGAAACAGGUUGCUCCCUUGCUCAAGAGUUUCCAAGGAGAGAUCGAUGCCUUGAGUAAGAGAAGUAAAGAAGCAGAGGCCGCCUUCUUGAACGUGUACAAGAAAAUAAUCGAUGUCCCAGAUCCUGUACCUGUGUUGGAGCUGGCUCAGCAGCUGCAGCUGAAGCUCCAGAGGAUGCACGACAUUGAGACCGAGAACACCAAACUUCGAGAGACACUGGAGGACUACAACAAAGAGUUUGCAGAGGUCAAAAACCAAGAGGUGACCAUUAAGGCCUUGAAGGAGAAGAUCCGUGAGUACGAGCAGUCUCUGAAGAAUCAAGCUGAGAACCUGGCUCAAGAGAAGCAGCUCCAGCUACACAACGACUAUGCAGAGAAGGAGAGGAAACUCCAAGAGAGCCAGGACUCCAUGUCCUCAAGGUUGGAAGAGGCUGAACACAAGGCCCAGUCCCUACAGACAGCACUUGAAACAACUCAGGCAGAGCUCUUUGAUUUGAAGACAAAGUAUGACGAAGAAUCCACAGCAAAGGCCGAUGAGAUUGAGAUGGUGAUGACAGACCUGGAAAGAGCCAAUCAGCGAGCAGAAGCGGCUCAAAGAGAGGCGGAGUCACUCAGAGAGCAGCUGUCCUUGAGUAACCAAUCCCAGCAUCUCAGCAGCCCCGCCAAGGCUGACCCCGACACGGAACAGGCGGCGGAGGUGGCAUCUCACUCAAGUCUGGAGGCGGAGCUCAGGGCCAAAGAAAGGGAGACCGCCCAGCUGGUGGAGGACGUCCAGAGACUGCAGGCCAGCCUGACCAAACUCCGAGAGACCACCAGCUCCCAGAUCACACAGCUGGAGCAGCAACUCAGCAGCAAGACUGCCAUUCUUAAGGAACUAGAGGAGAAACUGCAGAAACAAGCUGACUAUGAGGAGGUGAAGAAGGAGCUGAGUAUCCUCAAGUCUAUGGAAUUUGGAACAUCUGACUCUGUGCAGGACUCAUCCAAACCUCUGGAGGUGCUGUUGCUGGAGAGGAACCGUAGUCUCCAAUCUGAGAGCGCCGCUCUGCGCAUCGCCAACACUGAGCUCAGUGGGUCAGCCGGGCGAAAAGGGACAGAAGAGUCCACAACAAAGGAGGAGACCAUGCCCAGCGAUCCCUCUUCCUCGCCCCCUCCUCCUCCUCCCUCUCUUCCUUCCUCCUCCCAGCUCCCCCUGUCUCGCACUCAUACGGACCCCCUCAACACUGCCACCACCACCAGCAGCGGCGAAACACACCCUUUCACUCCUACAGGCAUUGGACAGGACUUCUACUCCCCUGUGUUCCCUCUGGUGGGUGGUAAGAUGGCUUUGAACUCCCUUAUCCAGCGGCAACUGCUCCAGACCUUCUACUCCAAAGCCUUGCAGGAGUCGUCUGGAAUCCCUAGUGGGGCUCUGCUGUUCACCCCCUUCACUCCAACCCUCAGCUCCAUCCCUACCUCCACCCCUGGCUCUGGGUCUGCUGCCAUCCCUCUGGCGGCCAGCAGCCCCCAGCCACCUCCAGCCAGCCCAGACAUGGCUCCUGUUAAUGGGAGCAGCACCGCUGGCAGCGCGCCAUCCCCGUCACCCAGCCACUCUGAUGCCACCACAGGGAGUGUUUUGGAUGGGGAGGACAUGGACACAGCAGAGAUAGCCCGACAGGUGAAAGAGCAGCUGAUCAAGCACAACAUUGGUCAGCGUGUGUUUGGCCACUAUGUGUUGGGAUUGUCCCAGGGUUCGGUCAGUGAGAUUCUGGCCAGACCAAAGCCGUGGAACAAGCUAACCAUCCGGGGGAAGGAGCCCUUCCACAAGAUGAGGCAGUUCCUCGCUGAUGAGCAGAACAUCCUUGCACUGCGCAGCAUCCAGGGACGGCAGAGAGAGGGCUCAGGCCAGCCCCAGCUUAGCCGAGUGUUUCAGGAUGUUCCGAAGCGGAGAGCCCUCUCCGAUACAGCUUCACACACAGGUAACAUUACUGCCCGCGUCCGCACCCCAGAGGCAGGUUCAGAUGAGGCUAUCAAGUCCAUUCUGGAGCAGGCGAAAAGAGAGCUGCAGGUGCAGAAAGCUGACUUGUCCCAUGCUCAACCCUCAUAUGCAGGACUGAAAGGAGGGGGCGGAGGUGGAGUAGGAGGUGGAGGGGGCAGUGGAUCAGACGAGGCCAUACGCUCCAUCCUAGAGCAAGCUCGCAGAGAGAUGGAGGCCCAGCAGGCUGCACUGGAGCCCAUCCUCAAGGCCUCGUCUUCCUCCUCCUCAGCAUCACUAUCUCAGAGGGACCUCCUGAACUCUCCACUCACCGCCCCCCUACCCCCUUACAACCCCUUGGCACUCUCCCUCAAGAAGCCUACCAACUCCCUCUUGUCCUCGCCCUCAUCCCCAUCUCCAGUCCUGGACUUCAGCUCCAGUGUGAAGAGAGAGGGCAGGGCUUCUUCAGGGAUUGACAUGUCUGCUGAUGGAGCUCUCAGGCUGGGUCGGAGCUCUGAAGGUUCAGCCCGCUCUGGAAGCUCUGGGGGAGUGGGUUACUGGAGAGAGCAGUGGUGGAGCAACAUGCAUACAGACCCCCGCCGAACCAUAUCCAGCCAGACAGGAGAGGAGAACCACACCCAUGAGGACUCCAAAGAGGGAAUAUUGAGUGACAGUCUGUCUCGACAUAAACCGUGGAACAAGUUGAACCAGAGGAGCAGAGAGCCAUACCUCCGCAUGCAGCCGUGGCUCAAUGGAGACCAGGGGCAAAACACACACAUCCAGCAAGUUCAGAACCAAGCAGAGGGUACUCCCAAGACAUCAGCGAGCUGCAGCCCUGCUCCAGAGUCGCCCCUCAGUUCAGCCGAAGAGUCUGUCAACGGUCUUGCUGGGGAUCCACUCACUUCACAGUCGUCCAGUCUCAAACCUCCAUCUGAGGAUCCCUCAGGUGGAGAGUCUCAGCCAGGCACCCCGCUGCCUCUACCUGGUCACUCGGGUCUCAGCAUCCAGGAAAUGGUCGCAAUGUCUCCUGAGCUUGAUACCUAUGCCAUCACCAAGAAGGUUAAGGAGGUGCUGACUGAUAAUAACCUUGGCCAGCGUCUGUUUGGGGAGACUAUCCUGGGUCUAACUCAGGGUUCUGUCUCAGACCUGCUGGCCAGGCCCAAACCCUGGCACAAGCUCAGCCUGAAGGGCAGGGAGCCCUUUGUCCGCAUGCAGCUCUGGCUCCAGGACCCACAUAGUGUGGAGAAACUCAUGGACAUGAAACGCCUGGAGAAAAAAGCCUAUAUGAAGAGGCGGCUGAGCUCCUUGAGUGAUAGCCAUUCUGUGGACGGGGGCUUGGUGGGGACAGACUACGUGCAGGGCUCCCAGAGCCCGGGACAGCAGCAGCUGAAGAAGCCCAGGGUGGUGUUAGGCCCUGAAGAGAAGGAGGCCCUGAAAAAGGCUUACCAGCAGAAACCCUAUCCCUCCCCCAAAACCAUUGAGGAGCUGGCCUCCCAGCUCAACCUGAAGACCAGUACUGUCAUCAACUGGUUCCAUAAUUACAGGUCACGUAUCCGGCGAGAGCUUUUCAUAGAGGAGAUCCAGGCAGCUGGAGGGGUAGGGCCUGGCAGUGAGGGGGGAUCUCCUUCCCUCCGUGGGUCCAAAUCAGGAGAGGGGGACAGCUGUGAUGGGACAGAGUCUGAGGGCACAGUGGAGACACGCCAGGGACUGGGCAUUGGCCUGGAGGAUCACAGAGGAGCAUGCAAAGACCACGACAUGGAGGCUGAGUCUGAGGCAGGGGGCUCUAAUAACUCCCCUGCUCAGAUAGACUGCACCACCUCAGGCUUGGCCGGGCCGGGCUCCAGCUGUGGACAGGGUGGACUGGGGCUCUUCAGCCUCACAGAGGCAUCCUCCAGUAGCCAUGCCUCUAGUACUAACAUCCCAGCCUCUGGCCCUGCUAGAAACCCCAGGGACAACAAUCUGCGCAAGAAGAAAGCAGCCAAUCUCAAUAACAUCAUCCACAGGCUGGAGAAGGCUGCCAGCAAAGAGGAUCCCUCAGAGUGGGAGUUCUAGCUCCCCCUGACCAUCCUUCAUCCCUCUCGUUUCAUAACCUCACGACCUCUAACCUUGGACCCCUCCUGCUCUGUUCCAGUCGGAGAGUGGACACAGCCAAAGUCAAGCUCAGCAGCCAUUUUUAUUACAUAGAAGCUUUCCGAAAAGAGGAAAGAAACAAAGAGUGGUUGGCAAAACCCUUAAAAAGAAGAUUUACUGAAUACCUAGAAGAACAAAAUAAGAGAACUUAAGUGUCUCUCCUUUUUUUUUUUUUUUUUUUUUAAACUGAGUUUUGUUUUUGUACUGAGAAAAGCACUUAGCCGUCCUGCUGGCCUCCGGCCCUGCUGUACCUCCCCCUAUCACCAGCCACUGGUGCACCAGACUGGUUAGUCCUGAGCUGGGGUCUGACCCGCAGCUGGGGUUGAAACCUGGACUCAGUAACACAGGCAAGGCCUGACACAGCAGCUGUCACAGUGAUAGACACUGAUAGAUGAUAGAUAGAGACAGGAACUCUCUUACAAGAACUCUCACUUUCUUAAAGGAGAUUUUUUCCGCUCUUCUUCUCACCUCCCAAGUGUCCACAAACCUCCCCUCACUCAGUGAGACGCCUCAUUUUUCACACUGUAGAGUGACUGUUACAAGCCCUUUGCCUUUUUCACUCACUGCGUGUGUGUGCGUGUUUGUAUGUUAGGGGUUGUGUCAGUGUGCACCUGUGUGUGUGUGUGUG